ACAGCAGCACUUAGACGCAAAGUCUGGCCCGACGCCGCCAUGAGCGCCGCGCUCUUCAGCCUGGACGGCCCAGCGCGCGGCGCGCCCUGGCCCGCGGAGCCCGCGCCCUUCUACGAGCCAGGCCGGGCGGGCAAGCCGGGACGCGGGGCCGAGUCCGGGGCCCUGGGGGAGCCGGGCGCCGCCGCCCCUGCCAUGUACGACGACGAGAGCGCCAUCGAUUUCAGCGCCUACAUCGACUCCAUGGCCGCCGUGCCCACCUUGGAGCUGUGCCACGACGAGCUCUUCGCGGACCUCUUCAACAGCAACCAUAAGGCGGGCGUCGCGGGCGGCGCGAGCGGCCUGGAGCUACUGCCCGGCGGCCCCGCGCGGCCGCCCGGCCCGGGCCCCGCUGUCCCGCGCCCGCUCAAGCGGGAACCUGACUGGGGCGACAGUGACGCGCCCGGCUCGUUGCUGCCCGCGCAGGUGGCCGCGUGCGCGCAGACGGUGGUGAGCCUGGCGACCUCCGCGCAACCCACACCGCCCACGUCUCCGGAGCCGCCGCGAAGCAGCCCGGGUCCGAGCCCGGCGCCGGGUCCUGCCCGAGAAAAAGGCUCCGGCAAGAGGGGCCCCGACCGCGGCAGCCCGGAGUACCGACAGCGACGCGAGCGCAACAACAUCGCGGUGCGCAAGAGUCGUGACAAGGCCAAGCGACGCAACCAGGAGAUGCAGCAGAAGCUGGUGGAGUUGUCGGCGGAGAACGAGAAACUGCACCAGCGCGUGGAGCAGCUCACGCGGGACCUGGCCGGCCUCCGGCAGUUCUUCAAACAGCUGCCCAGCCCGUCCUUCCUGACGUCCGCCGGGGCCGCCGACUGCCGGUAACGCGCGGCCAGGGCCGGGAGAGACUCACCAACGACCGAUACCUCAGAAUCGACGGGCCCCUAGUGGAGCGCGCCCUAGCCAGGCGCCGCGAGAGUCGCCCGGCGCCUGCUGCAGUUUCUUUGGGACAUGUGAGUGAAAGGAAGCUACAGCCUGGACUUACAGUCACUGAACUGCGAGAGAAGCUAUACGUGUUUAUUUUCCCUUAAAUUAUUUUUAUAAUGGUAGCUUUUUCUACAUCUUACUCUUAUUGAAGCAGCUAAGGUACAUUUGUAAAAAAACAAAAACCCUUUCAAACAAAACCUUUGUAUUGUAGAUAAGAGGAAAAGACUGAGCAUGAUCACUUUUUAUAUUAAUUUUUACAACAUUUGUAAGAAUAAAGAAGCAUUUAAAAUCG